AGUCUGUCUGCAUAAGCACUCUGCCUCUCGCUGCCUCUUUAGACUUUGCCGUUGAACAGCGUUUGUGGACUCUAAAAUUUUUCGUGUUGUGUACUAGUGAUGUCGGACUCGGAGAUGUUAAGUGUGCCUAGCGGUGGAGUGGAUGGGUUGACGAAUGGAAUCAGCAAUGGAAUAUCUAACGAUACCUCAGAACACAGAGAGCAUAAAGAGCACAAGCACAAACACAAGGACAAAGAUCGAGAUAGGGAAAAGGAUCGGCAUCGUGACAAAGACAGGCACAAAAGUUCCCACAAGGAUAAAGAUAGGGACAAGGACAGAGAAAGGUCUAGUCACAAAAGCUCCCACAAGGACAAGGAACAUAAAGACAGAGAUGACAAGCACCGCGACCGUGAUAAGGACAAAGACAAGCACAGGGAUUCAGACCGUGACAAACACAAACACAGAGAAAGCAGUGAUAAGGACAAGGAGAGGAGACGUGAGAAAGAAAAAGAACGAGAAAGGAGUGACAAAGACAAACACAGGGACAAAGACAAAAGCCGAGAAAAAAGUGACCGGGACAAGGAGCGCUCCGACAAAGAUAAAUCAAAACAUCGGGAUGAAAAACGCCACAGCAGUAGUAAUGAGGAGAGGAAGGAUAGGGAUAAAGAUCGCCAUUCUAGCAGUCACAAGAGUUCGCACAAAGAUAGACACAGAGAUAAGGAUCGUGAUAAAGACCGUCACAGAGAUAAGGAGAGGAAUCAUGAGAGAGAAAAGGUAAAGGCAGAGGUUAAAGAAGAACCAGCAGAAAUGGAACUCCCCACAGAGGCUCCACCGCCAAUGGAGGAUGUAAUUGUGAAGGAAGAACCUAUGGAGUCUGAGGAGGAAGACAAGCUAGUGAUCAAUGAGCCAGUCAAGGAAGAGCCCCAGGAAGAGGAUGAGGAGGAAGAUGACAUUCCGCUGGUGAGUAGGGUUAAGCAAGAACAGCACGAAGAUGAGGGAGGAGAGGAUGAGGAUGAGGAGGAUGAUGAUGAUGUCCCAUUGUCAGCUAGGAAGCGUAUGAGACAAGAGGUAGAUGAUGAUGACGAAGAUGACAAACCUCUUUCAUUUAGAAUAAAAGGGAAGAAGCCAGACGCAAAGGAGAAGAAGAGAAAAAAGAAUAGGGAGGAGGAUGACGAUGAUGAGGACUUUAAACCAGAAAAGAAGAAAGUGAAGAAAGAAAAAGAGAAGAAGCCCAAGAAACCCAAAGCCACCAAAAUGUUAGCAUCCCCUGUUAAAUCAGAAUCUCCUACUAAGAAGCCGAAGAAAGAAGAGGAACCUGUCUGGAGAUGGUGGGAGGAAACUAAAAGAGAUGACGAUCUCAAAUGGACAUUCCUUGAGCAUAGGGGACCAAAGAUGGCUGACGAUUAUGAACCAGUACCCAGUAAUGUUAGAUUAUAUUAUGAAGGCCAACCUUUAGACUUGUCAGACACUACAGAGGAAAUUGCUGGGUUCUAUGCAAGAAUGUUGGAUCAUGAGUACACAACUAAAGAGGUUUUCAACACCAACUUCUUCAAAGAUUGGAGAAAGAGCAUGACGCCACAGGAAAAAGAAAUUAUAACAGACUUGAAGAAAUGUGAUUUUAGAAGAUUACAUGCAUAUUAUGUGCAAAAGAAUGAGGAGAGAAAGAAUAGAACUAAGGAAGAGAAGAAAGCUCUCAAAGAGAAAAAUGAAGAAAUUGUGAAAGAAUAUGGUUGGUGUACUAUUGACGGUCACAGGCAACGUAUUGGAAACUUCAAAGUAGAGCCGCCAGGUCUUUUCCGAGGUCGAGGAGAGCACCCUAAACAGGGUAUGGUGAAGAGACGAACAAUGCCCGAAGAUAUUAUCAUUAACUGCUCAAAAGACUCUGUGAUACCCAGGCCACCAGAUGGGCACAAAUGGAAGGAGGUACGUUGUGAUCCAAAAGUUACUUGGUUGGCAUGUUGGGUGGAAAAUAUUCAAGGACAAACCAAGUAUGUUAUGCUUAAUGCUGCUUCCAAGCUAAAAGGAGAGAAAGAUUGGCAAAAAUAUGAAACUGCGCGAAGAUUGCACCAAAUUGUAGAUAGGAUUCGAGAACAGUACCGAUUAGACUUCAAGAGUAAAGAAAUGAAAGUACGACAGCGAGCUGUGGCUCUUUACUUCAUAGAUAAGCUUGCCCUUCGAGCUGGUAAUGAAAAAGAUGAGGAUCAGGCAGAUACAGUAGGUUGUUGUUCAUUGCGUGUUGAGCAUAUAACACUACAUGAAGAAAAGGAUGGAAAAGAAUACGUGGUGGCUUUUGAUUUCCUUGGUAAAGAUUCUAUUCGUUAUUUGAAUGAAGUAGCAGUUGAAAAAAGAGUGUUCAAGAAUUUGCAACUCUUCAUGGAAAACAAACAGGAUGGAGAUGACCUUUUUGACAGGUUAAAUACACAAAUUUUGAAUAAACACUUGAACGAAUUGAUGGAAGGCCUUACUGCAAAGGUUUUCCGUACUUACAAUGCUUCUCGAACAUUACAAGAACAACUGGAAGAAAUGACAAACCCUGAUGAUCCUAUCCCUGCUAAGAUAUUAGCCUAUAACAGAGCUAAUAGGGCUGUAGCUAUCCUUUGUAACCAUCAACGUGCUGCUCCCAAGACCUUUGAUAAAUCAAUGGCCAAUCUGCAAAAGAAAAUUGAUGAUAAGAGGGAGGUUGUUGACGAGGCUGAAAGGGAACUCAAAAAAUUAAAGAAGCAAGCUAAGUCUGGAGGCACACAGAAAGAAAGAAUUCUAUAUGAAAAGAAGAAGAAAGCUGUCGAACGCUUGCGGGAACAAUUAGAAAAACUUGAAUUGUCAGCCACAGAUAAGGAGGAAAACAAGACUAUUGCCCUUGGAACCUCCAAGCUAAAUUAUUUGGAUCCACGUAUUUCUGUUGCUUGGUGCAAGAAAUAUAACGUUCCAGUUGAAAAGAUUUUCAAUAAGACGCAUCGUGCCAAAUUCCAGUGGGCUAUUGACAUGGCCACUGCUGAAUAUAACUUCAUGGGAGAGCCCAUGGACAUAUCCAGGACAGGAAAUAAUGAAGACGAAGAGGAGGAGGAGGAAGAAUAAAUUAUUAUUGUUUAACCAGGAAUAUGUGAAUCAAGUGAAUGAUGAAGGAUUUUGUGUGACCAAAGACUGUGAUUUUUUUUAAAUGUAUGAGGGGAAGGUACAGGACAUUUAUUUCUUUUAUAUAUUUUUCCCGACAUGCUGUAUCUUCGUGACUUGAUGCCUGGUAUGGUCGUGAUGUGUUUUAAGAUUUAUGGUGGUGUAAGUUUAUCUUGAACUGUAAUGUAUUUAAAUGUAUUUUAAGAAGGUUUUCUGGAACCUAUGUACCUUAGCUAUUAUUUAUUACAUUGAAUUUUUUAAAAGAUAUUUGUAUGUAGUUUUGCUAGGCCAAACUAUUUUAUUCACAUAAAUUGAUUUUUUGUAAAUGGAAAGUCAGCUGAGGUGUGCAAGAGUGUAUGUGUGUGUGUGCAUGAAAAUGUUGGUAUUAUGAUAUACUGUCAUAAGCAUUUGUAGAGCUCAUGUGAAAUGUUAGGAAAUUUUUGUGUAUAUAUUUAGACAACACAUAUAUCUCAUUAGCCAUAUUCUGGUGAUAGUCCCGGUCUCAUCAAUGCCUGUAAUUUUUUUGUUUUUAGUUGUUGAUUAUUGUUGUUUUAGACAUUUUUCCCACAUAUGGGAACUGGAAAUUGAGAUUCAUGUACCUCACAAGAUAGGUAUUUUUUCGAUCAAGGUUUGGAAUGUGAAUCUUAUGUAAGUCUGCCAGGUUUGGUAAGCUUUGAUGAGCCACUUGUCAUACAGUUAACUACAGUAUUCAUUGUAAAAUUAUUGUUCUUGCCACUUGAAAAUGGUGGUUGAUGAUUGCAUCAUGAUGUCGUAAAAUAUUCCUGCUACUCCAGUCAACUUUCAUCAGUCACCAUUAUUAAUUGCUUUUUAUUAUAUAUUUUUUUUUAUAGAUAAGUUGCAAGAAAAGUAUAACUUCAGUAGUAGAUAAUAUAACAUAGCUGCACCAUGUGGGUGAUAAGACCAUAAAGGUCUUGGGUAAAAUAGGUAAACAUUAAAAAUCAGUUGAAGAAAAAUAUUGUAUGUUCAGCUUAAAGUGAUAGUUUUUUGCAGUCACAGUGGGGUUAGUGGGACCAUUUUUGCUGCCUUUAAGAGAAAAUUAUGAUUUUAUUGUUACUAGUCACGUUGUAUAUGUUUUUGGGUUUGGGACAUACAUAAAAUUUGUUUAGAAGGGAAAGUACAAUUUGGUUCUUGUAAUGAAAAAGUGAUCUUUCUAAGGUUUUGUCGAGUAUAUUUGUGUAUACUUUGGUUUCAGUACCCCUCUUAUUCUUCAUGUGCAAUAGCUGAGUGAUGCAUUGUGUACUGUUGGGUUUUUUGUUAGGCAUGGGUUUCACCUAAAGUCUAGUGGUAUUACUGUAAUGUUCAGUUUUUCAGAGACCACAAGGGACUACCACCUCCAGAUUCAUGACUUUUGCGGGUUUUACAAGUCACUGCUGGUGUUAAAAUAACAGUUACAAUCAUGACCCCCCGAUGGCUAGUGCUGCAGAAGCUGUUUAUAGUAUUAGCUAGGUCUUGGCCUGUUUUGCCAACUGUUUGAACAUGAGCAUAUCUCAUGUUCAUCUGGCCAUUCCAUACAAUAAUGUGAUAUGCACUAUGUAUAUAACUAUCACCAAUAAAUCCUGAUCAUCAUUU